GAAAACAAGCACCAGUGUCGAACAGCAGCUUGGUGUCGGCUGUAUCGAAUUUUGACACACUAAAAACAGUGUCCAGUUUUAUUCAAUUAAAGUAUUUUUGUUUUGUUUUGUUCUCCGAGAAACAUAAGAAAAGGAUACAGAAGCAAUGGCGCCAUCAGCAUCAACCAAGAAGAAACGAGCCAUCUUUAUUGGGAUUGGUGUCACGCUGAUGCUAGUUGUCAUCAUCGUUCCCAUUUCAAUUGAACUGUCGCAAGAGAAGAAUGCGGCUCGAUCGACAUUCAACAAUCGCAUUGAAUGUUUCCCUUUCAAAAACAUGACGUCGGACACGUGCACGGAGGCCGGUUGCCUUUGGGAAGUGGUUAGCGGACAACCAUCCUGUUUUCUUCCGGAUUCCAGCGUCUACGGUUACGAGGUCAAUGGACCCAUAACCAAUAUUCCCAAUAACAAAGGAUUCAGCGUCGAGUUGCGACGGCGUCGGUCAGCUGACGGUACACCGCUGUUUUCACUCUACGGGAACGAUGUAGAUGAAAUCACUUUCGAAGUCAAUUAUCAUACGGAUAAUUCACUUGGAAUGGCGUUUUAUCCUAAAGGAGCGAAUCUAGAUCAACUCCGACCGCCCGUUGCAAUUACGAUACCCUCAGCUACGAUAAGUGACCAACGCUACGAAGCCAAACUUGUCAACACCGGCAUCGGAGAACCAUUCGACUUCCAAAUCAUCCGCAAAAGCUCCGGAAUUGUUAUCUUCGAUACUUCGAUGGGCGGCCUGACAGUGUCCAAACAAUUUCUUAUGAUCAGCACGACGUUGCCGUCCAAAUAUCUUUACGGAUUUGGUGAAAAUACUCACGACACGUUCCUUCACGAUAUGAACUACAGGAUGUGGCCUAUUUUCACACGUGAUAUCUCGCCAAUUGAUGAAGACGUCAAUCUCUACGGCGCCCAUCCCUUUUACAUGGUGUGCGAAAAUGAUGGAGCUUCCCACGGAGUUUUCUUUUACAACAGCCACUCUAUCGAUGUAACUACGAUGCCCAAUCCUGGUCUCACGUUGCGCACCAUCGGUGGCAUGUUGGAGUUCUUCGUUUUCCUCGGACCCGAGCCAGAAUCCGUUGUGAAACAGUACAGCGACGUCAUCGGACGCACUUUCAUGCCUCCUUACUUCGCACUCGGCUUCCAACUCAGCCGUUGGGGAUACAAAAAUACUGAAGAGAUUCAACAAGUCAUUGACCGUACUCGAGCGGUGCAAAUCCCACAUGAUAUUCAAUAUGCAGAUAUCGACUACAUGAAUGGACAGAGAGAUUUCACCAUCGACCCGAUCAAUUUUGGGGGUCUACCUACACUGGUAGACGACGUGAAAAAAGAUGGACUGAGAUUUGUUAUCAUCUUGGACCCGGCCAUUGCUAACGAUUACGUGACUUACGAGCGAGGCGUGGCAUUAUCGGUUUAUGCGGAGUGGGCAAAUGAGACUCUCAAACCGGAAGACCAACCCACCGAAAAUAACAUCAUCAUCGGAAACGUUUGGCCGGACAACAAAACUGCAUUUCCAGAUUUUUUCAGAGGUUCUACCAAACAAUGGUGGACAGAAGAAAUUCGGCUUUUCUACGAACGCCUUAAGUUUGAUGCUUUAUGGAUCGACAUGAACGAAGUCGCUAAUUUUGACACCAACCAGUACAGCGAUAAAUUGUACUGCCCGCCAAACCAAUGGGACGACCCACCUUACGAAACCAUGGCUGCCCACACUGGACCAACUAACAGACUCUCGGACAAAACCAUUUGCAUGGUGGCCAAAUUCGGAGAGAAAACCGACGAACGACUUAACUACGAAGUUCACAAUUUGUACGGCUAUUCGCAAGCAAUCGCCACCCAAGAGGCAGUGCGGCAAGUCUUAACUGGAAAGCGAUCCAUGAUUCUUUCACGCUCCACAUUCGCCGGAAGCGGUAAAUAUACCGGUCAUUGGCUGGGCGAUAAUUUCUCAAACUGGAAAAAUAUGGCCGACUCCAUCAUCGGCAUGAUGGAAUUCAACAUGUUUGGGAUCCCCUAUAUCGGAGCUGAUAUUUGCGGAUUCGUUUUAAAUACGACGGAAGAACUGUGCGAACGGUGGAUGGAAAUCGGCGCCUUCUAUCCGUUUUCCAGAAACCAUAACGUCAAAGACGCUAUAGAUCAGGAUCCUGGCGUAUGGCCAGACACGGUGGCUGCAUCCGGCCGUAAAGCUCUCAACAUCCGCUAUCGUCUCCUGCCCUACCUGUACACCCUUUUCUACGACAGUCACACAACGGGAUCCACCGUCGUCCGACCUCUCUAUCACGAGUUUCCCGAAGAUCGAAAAGCUCGUUUAGUAGACAAGCAAUUCAUGUGGGGAUCGGCGCUCUUAAUUUCACCUGUGCUCCAAGAGGGUAAAAUCUCUGUCGACGUCUACUUCCCCGAAGACGUCUGGUAUGACUACUACACCGGAAGUCGAGUAACUGUUCUUGGAAGCACAACCCUCUUUGCCCCUAGGGAUCACAUUAAUUUGCAUUUGCGCGGUGGCUAUAUAUUACCAGCCCAGAAACCCGAUCUUAACACAAUGCUCAGCCGGCAAAACAAUUUUGAACUGCUGGUGGCACUAAACGAUCAAAAUUCAGCCAGCGGCAAAAUGUUCUGGGAUGACGGAGAAAGCGCCAACACGAUUGAAGACGGCCUCUAUCAGAUCAACAAAUUCGAGCUUAGCAAUAACGUUUUGACGAUCACGGUGGAAAAGGAAACCGGUUCCAGCUGGCCGGGUAUCGUUCAAAAGCUGGACAUAAUCGAAUUCAUGGGUUGGCCAAGCGCACCGUUGAAAAUUACGGUGCAAAGCAAUGGAGCUGAUGACAUCGUCGAUUCAGAUAAAUACUUUUAUGUAGCCGAGACAAAGAGGCUUACGCUGCUGUAUGAGUUCGCCAUGAAUCAAACUUAUACUGCCAAAUUUGAAUAGGUGAUCUCGCCAACUGUUUGCUGUUGCAAAACCAAUAAGCACGACAUUCACGAUUAUUUGGUUGUUACAUUAAAAAAAAUGAACGAAA